AUGUCGGGCGGCGUCGUAUACAAGGACCUGCUUCCUCUCCCGAAGGAGACAGAGGUCGCCGAGACACCAGAAAAUGAGGACCUUGCCCACACAAUACGAGACCAACCGACAGAAAGCCAUGCUCUUGCCAUGGCUGAUCACGACGAGAAGGGUGCGGCCCAGGUAGAGCAUGACGAGGAGGUUGCGAAUUUAGGGUGGAAUGAGCCGCAGCACGCUGUAGCCAAUCCGCUUGUUGGAGGACUUUCGAAUGACGAGCUGUGGGUGUUGAUUCGAAGGUUCAACAAGCAAAUGUACCAUGUCAAAGAGUACCCAUAUGCCGUUCCAGGAGGUCUGGACCUCAAUAUCGCAGAUGAGGAAGAGUUCUCUCCAGACAAGUUGCGGAGCAAUGUUGAGAGAUUAUACAUGACUAUCAUCAUCGGCCUUAUGGGCUUCGGCAAGCAAAUCGUUCGACUUCGUUCAUGGCGCGAGACGCGAAGAACAGCCUGGUUCUGCACAGCCUACUUCGCUGCGUGGCUACUCGACUGUCUCGUACCGCUAUUCUCCCUCACCAUAAUCGCACUGAUCGCAUACCCACCCUGCCGCGCCAUCCUCUUCCCACCAGCUCCCUUGGCUCUUGUAAGCAGCUCCGGUAGCGUACAAAAGCCUAAAGCCGGUGUUUUAGGAAGCCAUGACAGUGCAACUGGAGCAGCUGAGAAUCACAAAGGUGAAGCAGUUGAAGCUGAAGCGAGCAACUUCGUCAACGGCAUUGCAUCAGUGGCAUUGAGCAGCGCCACGGGCAAACACCCUCAGGGCGAACCGCGGGGUGAUGAGGAUUCCCCCAGUAGUUCGAUCCCUGACCCGACUGCCAUCGCUACUGGAGCAGCCAAUGCCAAAGACAGAGCGGCCGGAGCCACUCCUACUGAUACGCACGACAAGACCAAGGUUCCAAUGGAAACAGCUAUGUGGACGAAGAUGAGACCCAUUAUGCAUGGAAUUGCAGAUGUCACGGAUACCUGGGAGCGUUUCGCCAACGCUCUCUCCCCUACACCGCCAUUCCCUCGUGAAACAGCUAGACUUCGGCUGGCAGCCCUCGUUGUACCUGCGUUGCUUAUGUCGAUCUUCGUGAGCUCUUAUAUGUUCAUGAAAGGUGUUACUUUUGGUGCUGGUUUCGGAUUCUUCGGUGACCCCAUCAUUUCUCGCGGCUUGGAGAUUCUCAACCGAAACACAAUCCUUAAGGGUGUUCCCACGAAUGCUCAGUUAACCCUCACUCUUCUCCGCCUCGGCGAAGCGAACAAAGCUCCUCUUCCCCCACCACCUCAAACCGCUACUGCCCCUCCAGAUCAGCCUGCCGAUCUAAGCGAUGAGCACCUUCGCGCCACCGGGGCCGAUUGGCCUCUCAACGCAACUCAGGAAGAACUCGACGACGCCAUGUCUCACGACCCGACCACCGCACAUGAGACCGGAGGCUCCGACAUUGACGCCUCCAAAACCACCAAACACGGCAAGAAGGGCAGCCGUGUCCUCGGCUUCUUCAAGUCUACCGCCAAAGCCGCUGUCGAGACCAGUAUCGGUGCAGACAGGCUCAAAGCCAAAGCGGGCUCUGGUCACGCAAAGAACCGCUUAGGAGUGAUUCCAAAGCCGAACGAGCCGAAGAUCUCUGGACCUGUUGACUUCAAAUGCCGCUAUAAGGGUAAUAAGGGGCACACGUACAUCAGCACCAAGGCCACAAUCCCUUGCGUGGCGUUCUCGAGUGACUCAAGCAUUGAGAAGAUUGGUAGUGUGGAUAGAGAGGACCUGCAUGCCGUAUGGAGCAUCCCAGUGGGGGAUAUCAAGGAGCUCAAAAAGAUUGGCGGGUUUGGGUGGAAGGCGAAGCUAGUGGUGGGUUGGGCGCUUGAUAGCGAGGUUGCGGAUGGAUUGGAGAUUGUGAAUCGUAAGGGUGAGACGUGGAGGAUUACUGCGUGUCCGUUGAGAGAUGAGCUGUUUAAUCGGCUCAUAGCGCUUGGUGGGCAGAAAUGGGAGAGUUGGUAAGUAUUUCGCGUUGGGACUCGCGCAGAGAUGAGGUAUCCAAUCUCGGGUCACACGAUUGGUCCUACAUAAUUUUUUCCUAUCAAUUUGACGCUUCAUGACUCGAUGAGCACUGGCAGGCUUCCUUGAACUUAGAGUGGUAGUCUAGGAAUACGUGGGGUUUGU